GUCACGGCGCGGCGUUGCCAGGGCCACGGGAUGGGAGAGCGACGCCGAGAUUGUCGGGCGAGAUAAUGCAUCAGACAUGCCAUUGUUGUCAGGAUCACAAACAAUGGAGAAGGAAGAAAUAACCUGUGAUGUUUUAGAAAGGUUCUGCAGGAGCCAUGAACAAACAUAUGAGGAAUUUCUAGAAUCAUUUAUACAUCUUAAAAAAGAUGACAUGAAGAAACAAAAGAUAGCAUCUCCUACCACUGCAGGGAUAGCAGAAGAUGCUGGAAAAGACCAAGAUGUGAAGCAAGUAUUGAUGCGCUUUCAUGAGAAGGGAGAACAACCACUUAAGGAUGAUGAUGAGGAGGACAAUUACAUUAACAUUGAGGACAUGGACAGCGACAAAGAAAGUGAGCAACAAUGUGGUGCUGGAGGAGAAAUACUCCCAGGUAAAAUAGAAGAGGAGAUUCCUGCAAAUUAUUCUUAUUGUGAAUACAAGCACACAACCCUUGACUUCAAAGUGUAUGCAGGUGUUGAAGAGUUUAAUAGCCAAGCACAUGACCAGGUAUUGACAGAUGAAGUUCAGCCUUUCAAGUUGGAUGAAGAGUUUGACUAUAACUGUGUCUACCUCAAGCCCAAAUACACGGAGGUUGAACUUGCUGCUAUUUCUGCCUUGUCACAACACCAAAGAGAAAGUGGAGAAUGUAACACAACAAAGUUGAAAGAUUCUGACUUGUGAUACAGUUGUCAUUUUCUGGUGCAGUCAACCUGGUAGCUUGACAUUCUGUCUAAAAGAUAACAAUUGUUAUAUCUAAAACAGAAUCUGGGGAUGAGAAUUUAUAAAUCCCAGAAAUUGAAAUCAUGGAAUAAAAUUAAAAAUGUCAUAUUAUUUUUAAUUACAUUUGUUCUUAUUUUGUAUCAUUAAAGUAGACGAAGAUA